AGGCAAGAAGUAGAGAGUGAAAUCGAAGCAUUACUCGAUAUUUCUCUCAUAGCAGAGGUUGGAAUCAAAGAAUCUGUUGCUUCUGCAGCUGAAUCGCUCGGCGAAGCUUUGGCAGGAGAGAAGCCCGGAGAUAGUUCCACUGUAAACGCUUCGGGUCGUGAUGCAAAGAAAACUGUACAGUUUGGCGUGGACCCAAGAUCUAAAAAAGCCGCAUCGGAUAUGUCGCGCGAUGCCCAGGCAUCGGCACGCGGUCUUGGUGAUGCCAUCAAGGGCCAGGCUGGACAAGGAUCCCAGGCAGCUAAAGACUCCGCUCAGAAGGAAAUCAACGUAUUAUUCGCAUGA